ACUACCGCGGCGCGCAUGCACAGCUGUCAGCACCAAGGACAGCAGCCGCUUCAGCCCCGGAGCGAGCAGCAGCCCGGCGACGCAUCGGUGAGGAUCAGUCCGAGCAGAGCGCACGGAGCAGCGGCUGGAGAGACAGCGAUACCCGGCCCGGAGAGCUGGAAGCCUGCAAGGGUUCUAGAGAGAUUGUUUCAUCCCGCAGAGAGGAAGCAUAAAAAAGAAAAAGGAAAGAAAAGGUGGACAAUGCGGGUCGGAUCUUGGUUUCCAGCCUGCUCCUAACAUGCACAUUCCUCCGCAUUGCACAUAACCACCUAUUUUCCGUCCCCUCCCUCCCUCCCCGCUCUCAACCGCCCACCUGGAACCUCGUCUGCAGUCGUGCUUUCCGCUGGCUGAGCCGUGCCGCUGUCCAGAAGCUGGUCGAGCCGAGCCGCCACCGGGGGGAAAAGGGAGCGGGCUGCGCGGUGCUGUUUGGUGGAGGUGCUGGUCCACACGAUGCGUCUCCUCCUGCUGGCGGUGCUCCUGUCGUGCUCCUGCGCUCGGGCCGGCUGCGAGCCCAAGAUCGUGAACAUCGGGGCCGUGCUGAGCCAGAAGAGGUACGAGCAGGUCUUCAAAGAUGCCGUGACCCAGGCCAACCAGGUCUACGGCCGGGACAAGUUCAAGCUGACCGCCAUCUCCGUAACGCACAAACUCAACGCCAUCCAGAUGGCUCUGUCCGUGUGCGAGGACCUCAUCUCCAGUCAGGUCUACGCCAUCCUGGUGAGUCACCCUCCACAGUCCAAUGACCACCUCACCCCGACGCCGGUCUCCUACACUGCAGGCUUCUACCGCAUCCCGGUGGUGGGGCUCACCACCCGCAUGUCCAUCUACUCCGACAAGAGUAUCCACCUGUCCUUUUUGCGGACAGUCCCUCCAUACUCCCACCAGGCUCACGUCUGGUUCGACCUGAUGCGCGAGUUCAACUGGAAUCACAUCAUCCUGAUCGUGAGCGACGACCACGAGGGCCGGGCUGCUCAAAAAAGGCUCGAGACCCUCCUGGAGGAGCGAGAAACAAAGAAUAAAAAAAGGAACUAUGAAAACCUCGACCAACUGUCCUAUGACAACAAGCGAGGACCUAAGGCAGAGAAAGUCCUCCAGUUCAGCCAGGAGACUAACUUAACUGCCCUGCUGCUGGAGGCGAAAGAGCUGGAGGCCAGAGUCAUCAUUCUGUCCGCCAGUGAGGAAGACGCUGCUGCAGUGUACAAGGCUGCCCGCUUCCUCAACAUGACUGGCUCGGGCUACGUGUGGCUGGUGGGCGAACGUGAGAUGUCGGGUAAAGCCCUGAGUGAGGCGCCAGACGGUCUGAUCGGCCUCCAGCUCAUCAACGGGAAGAAUGAGUCGGCACAUAUCAAUGAUGCAGUGGCUGUGGUGGCUCAGUCCAUCCAGGAGCUCUUUGAGAAGGAGAAUAUCACCGAACCCCCGAGAGGAUGCGUGGGCAACACCAACAUCUGGAAAACAGGCCCGCUGUUCAAACGGGUGCUGAUGUCGUCUAAAUACCCAGAAGGCCUCACGGGACGGGUGGAGUUCAACGACGACGGAGACAGAAAAUACGCCCACUACAGUAUCCUUAACUACCAGAAGACUCGGCUCAUUCAAGUCGGCAUUUACAACGGAACACAGGUGGUAAUGAACAAUCAGCGGAAGAUCAUCUGGCCCGGAGGCGAGACCGAGAAACCACAGGGCUUCCAGAUGUCUACUCGAUUAAAGAUAGUGACGAUACACCAGGAGCCAUUUGUGUAUGUGAAGCCCACUAUGCCGGACGGAACGUGCAAGGAGGAAAUGACAUUAAAUGGAGUCUUAAUUAAAAAGGUUAUCUGCACUGGGCCCAAUGAGACCAUCCCAGGUAACCUAUCAGGACGCCCAAUUGUGCCCCAAUGUUGUUAUGGGUUCUGUAUUGAUCUGCUGAUCAAGCUGGCUAUGACCAUGAACUUUACCUAUGAGGUGCACCUGGUGGCUGAUGGAAAGUUUGGGACUCAGGAGCGGGUGAACAACAGCAACAAGAAAGAGUGGAAUGGCAUGAUGGGAGAGCUCCUGGGAGGCCUGGCUGACAUGAUCGUAGCCCCGCUGACUAUAAACAAUGAACGGGCCCAGUACAUCGAGUUCUCCAAACCGUUUAAAUAUCAAGGCCUCACUAUCUUAGUUAAAAAGGAAAUCCCUCGCAGUACACUGGACUCAUUUAUGCAGCCGUUCCAAAGCACACUGUGGCUGUUGGUGGGUCUUUCGGUGCAUGUGGUGGCGGUGAUGCUUUACCUACUAGACCGGUUCAGCCCGUUUGGAAGAUUUAAAGUAAAUAGUGAAGAAGAAGAAGAAGACGCCCUCACCUUAUCAUCUGCUAUGUGGUUCUCCUGGGGAGUGUUGCUGAACUCUGGUAUUGGAGAAGGUGCGCCACGCAGCUUCUCAGCGAGAAUCCUUGGUAUGGUGUGGGCUGGAUUUGCCAUGAUCAUUGUGGCUUCCUAUACUGCUAACCUGGCUGCCUUCCUGGUGCUGGACCGGCCUGAGGAGCGCAUCACCGGCAUUAAUGACCCAAGGCUGCGAAACCCAUCGGAGAAGUUUAUCUACGCCACGGUGAAGCAGAGCUCCGUGGACAUCUACUUCCGGCGGCAGGUGGAGCUUAGCACCAUGUACCGCCACAUGGAGAAGCACAACUAUGAGAGUGCCGCCGAGGCCAUCCAGGCCGUGCGUGACAACAAGCUGCAUGCUUUCAUCUGGGACUCUGCGGUGCUGGAGUUUGAAGCCUCGCAGAAGUGCGACCUGGUGACCACGGGAGAGCUGUUUUUCCGUUCGGGCUUUGGCAUAGGCAUGCGCAAGGACAGCCCCUGGAAACAGAAUGUGUCCCUGGCCAUUCUCAGUUCUCAUGAGAACGGCUUCAUGGAAGACCUAGAUAAAACCUGGGUGAGAUACCAGGAGUGUGACUCACGGAGCAAUGCCCCAGCCACACUCACCUUUGAAAACAUGGCAGGUGUCUUCAUGCUGGUGGCUGGAGGCAUUGCAGCAGGGAUCUUCCUCAUCUUCAUUGAAAUCGCCUAUAAGCGCCAUAAAGACGCCCGCAGGAAGCAGAUGCAGCUGGCCUUUGCGGCCGUCAAUGUCUGGAGGAAGAACUUGCAGGAGAGUAAGGAAGCUUCUGGAAGUCAAGCGGUGGCUGGAACUCCCUCAUUACCCUCUUCCUCUCUAGAGACUCAGGAUGAUAGGAAAAGUGGUAGAGCAGAGCCCGACCCCAAAAAGAAAGCCUCUUUUAGGUCCAUCAGUACCACCCUGGCCUCCAGCAUCAAGAGACGUAGGUCCUCCAAAGACACGCAGUACCCACCCACUGACAUCACGGGCCAACUUAACUUGUCCGACCCGUCUGUCAGCACCGUGGUGUAAAAACAAUGGAGGGCGACGCCGACGUUCGCUCCCCAAGGAGAGAGGAAACGAGACGAGGGAGGAGGAGGACGAAGGAUUCCUCGUUCCCUUCGCCGCCAGAAGCCGAAGCUUUUCAUUCGACCGCCUGCCGACGGAGCUUUUGAGGAAGAAGUGGCUGAAAAAGAAAACAAAAACACUGAACUUGCACCUUUUUAUAAAGACAGGAUUACCUGCUCUUAGAUGUUCGUAGGGUCCCUGAGCAUGCACAGAAGAACCCGUCCGACUCGCAUAUACGACCUUUUCCUUCUGUAUAUUCUUAGCUAAGACUUAUUUAACCUUGUUUUCAUCCUUUUACUCACAGAAGUUUACUUCAUGUUUGAUGUUUUCCAGCUUUUAGAUUUAGUUUACGGUUUUUCGGUGCAUAUCACUUCCGAUUAGGGCCUAGAAGCCACAGCUGUAACUAGUAUUUCUUUACUGCAUAUACUGCAAUACAAGAUGUACUGUAAGUUUCAAUGGAGAUGGAGUAUUUUUAAUAGGUGUGUUUUUAUCUACACUUUAAGGGUUUUUAGAGAUUUAAUUCAAUGGGGAAGCACUAAUAAGAGCUCAUCCGUCAGUGAAGACAAUGAAAGCAUGUGUCAAUAAGAGCUUUACGUAUCUAAACGAUGGUAAUUAUUGGUAUUUUUAAAGGAUGCAUCCGAUUCUGUUCAACUUGUAUCUUCCCCCAACUUUUAAUUUUGCACUAAUCAGAGAAAUGCACGUGUUUCUAUUCCUAGUGACUUGGCUUUAUUACUAUUUAUAGAGAGAUAAGCAAGUGAUAGACAUUACGCAUCUAUUUGCAGUUUAAUUGCUGUUUUUCUUUUUAACGUUGAGCCAUGUUUUAUUGGGACGCCCUCUUUCCUCCUCUCUCCUGCCGCAGCAGUCUUUCUCAUUUCCAGUCUCAGCUAAAAAGGGGUUGCAUCAAAGGGCCAGGUUUUUCACCCAACCAGCACUCGGUGUUUUUUGUGCAAAACCUCCUCCGCUGUGGCCGGAGAGCUUUUGCACGAAGGAACUGGGAGUGGAUUUAAAAUCUUAGCUUGGCUUGCGGGCUUCAGUGCAAGUCUUGGUUAGAUGCAAAAACAGGCCGUUUCCCGUUUUCUGGAGGUGAGAAACCAACUGCUGUCAAGGUCGACCAUCAUGUCCUUCCUGGUGUUUCUGGCACUGCGUAGCACUUUAUGCUGAGAGGGCCUCCCAAACUACUAAUUCACCAAGAAAUCACAACACAAAUCCCUUUUUGUUGUUUUUAUUUAUUAGAGAAACAAUCAAUGAUGCCACUGUUUGUUUUCGGACCAAUAAGCUGCUUCUGAUCACGUCUUCAUUCAGGCCUGUGCAUGCUUCUGUUUUAAUCAGUUCGUUCCUGGAUGCGUGUCGUCGUACAGCUACUAACGUUGAAAGAAAUGUAAAUAGUCUGGUUCUGUGUUCGGUGAGGAUGACGAGGCUGCAGCUGAGAAUGUCUUCUACUAUGAUUACAAACACACACUACAGUUGUGACACACAGGCAUGCAUCGCACAACACACACACACACACACACACUAAACCCCUCAAGGGAGGAUUCACGUGUUUUUCUUACCUUUUCCAGUGAAGAUCUUGCAUCCAACCAUCUUGUUUAUACAACUGUAAAUAAAAUAUACUGACAUUGCCAAGUCGAA